ACGCUCUGCCUUUCAACAGCGAUGCUGUUUUUUGCGACAAUGCGAAUGAACUGCAAUUCAAGUGACAGUAAAAGGGAGAAGCAAAUGCGUGUGUGCUCACAUACCACUGAACUAGCUAAUUCAUUAAAUAAGGAAGAAACUGAACAACUUACUAUCCGACAGACAAACUGAACGUUCGCAACCAGAACAGACGUAGUACCUAACCUAGUAGAAUGGCAGCUCCACGGCCCAUUAAAGGUAUAUUGAAGAACAAAAAUAAUGGGUCCAGAGGCGAGACGGGCCCUCAACUACAGCAAGUCUCACCAGUGGAAAGUGAGGAUCCAGGACUUCUGGACGAGAAGAAAUCGCAGAAAUGGGAUGAAAUGAACAUCCUUGCGACCUACCAUCCUGCGGAUAAAGACUAUGGGCUAAUGAAAAUUGAUGAGCCCAGUACACCCUACAACAGGAUGGUGGGAGACGAGGAGGACGAGGGAGCUCUGAGUGACUCCGAUUCCAACACGGCCCUGACUGCGGAUGACCUGGCCAGAAAGCUGGCGGCCGUGGAGGGAGCCCAGUCCCGCUUCAUGCAGGAGGAGGAGGAGGAGGAGGAAGAGGAGGAGAGCAGCGAGGAAGAGGUGGAGCAGCUCAGUCCAGAAGAGCAGGCAAAAAAGAAGCAUUUUCAGAUGAUGAGGAAAAUGCAUUACAACGAGGGUCUGAACAUAAAGAUGGCCCGGCAACUCAUAGAGGAAGAGGACGAUGAAGACGAGGAGAUGAAGGAGGACACGGAAAUGGAAGAUGUCAGUGAGAACCCCCCUCAGGAUGCGGAAUCGCUGGACUUCUAGAAGCCGGCGAUGUCGAUCCACCCUUUCGAAUUUUCUAUGCCUAUUGAAACCCACGGAGUGCAGCUUCCGAGCUGGUGCGAGAGGACAACCGCUGCUUCGCAUCCCCUGCCAUUCACAUCUGUUAACGAACACUGCUACGCGAAGUGACGGCAAGCACGUUGGCCAACCAGCUCCUUCCUCUUCUGCCAAGAUGGCCGCUCUACUGACCACUGAAAGGAUUGGAACUUAAAGGCUGUUAUCGGCCGAAACUUUCCCCGGCCUACUGCAGGGCUGGUCAGUAGGCUAGACUCCGCUGUGAGGAAUCUCUUUCACAACAUCACAAGACACGAGCCGGCUCGUUCCUGAACUGCCGUACCAUUUCACCAGCAACAAGAAGCAUCAUUUGCAACUCUUCAACUGAGGAAUUCCUGCUUUCUUUUUUAUCAUUUCUGAAUUUGUAUUGCCAUUUUUUCUUUAAAAAAAAAACAAAACAAAACAUUAUCCAGUACGAAAAAGAUUAUCCAGUACAGAUGGAUAAUCUAGCAAAGGCUUUCAUUAAUUUUCAGUGUACAAAGCAGCGCAUAUUUGCUUUAAAUGUGAUCCCAAUUUUCCUUUUGUUUUCCGCUGGUGCUACUGAUGUAUUUGCCCUUUAAAUUUAUAAAGAGGGCAGCACACGUAUGUAAAUCUUUGAAUUGUAUAAACUACUGACAAGUGGGACUACAAUCUGUGGAACAUGGAAAAUGCUGCUGGCAUGUCAUUCAGAGAAUGAUAGUCAUUUGAGAUGGUGUUGUGACCUUUGAUCAAUAUGAAAGGUAAUUUAGGAUGGUGGCAAAAUCAGGCAUGUUAAUUUAAAAAUGUAAUUUGCACUCUGACUUAUUUAUGAAGAGAUUUCAAUGUUUCCCAUUUUUAACAUUUUCCAUCAUGUCUCCAUGAGAAAACUAAAAGUUACUUACUCUUGAAUGGUCCGAUGGGAUUAAUGCUACACUGUAUUUAUUGGCAUAAAAAUUAAGACAAGCAAAUAAUCAGUCAGUCAUUUGAAUUAUUUUUUCCCCUAUGUGCUUUGAAAGAUCUGACUGGCAUAUUAUUUGCGUAAUUAUUCUGUUCUAUGUGCAGUCUGUUUAUGUACAAUAGCCUACAUAUUACAAACCCUUUCGUUGA